AAUCAGAAACAUGUUUACUAAAGUUUUCGGAUUUGCCCUUUUAGCUGCGUACGUCCAAGCUCAAGGACACCAUCAAGGGCAUGCCAAUUCGUAUGUUUCCUACACUCAAGGAAGUUCUUUAGGACUUGGAAGUUACGGAAGUUCUUCCGGAUUAUCUCUAAGCCACGCCGCUCCGGUUCUUGUCCACAGUGCCCCAAGCCAYCACGAAGAACACCACUAUGCCCAUCCCAAAUACGAAUUCAAAUACGGAGUUGAAGACAAACACACCGGCGAUAUUAAAUCGCAUGAAGAGACCAGAGAUGGGGACGUAGUCAAGGGUUCUUAUUCUCUCCACGAACCUGAUGGUACCAUCUUGGUGGUUCACUACACUGCUDCGAAGAAAACUGGRUUCAAUGCUGUGGUUCAAAGACAAGGACAUGCUGCCCAUCCACAACACUCUCACCACUAAAUGAAGACUUUCGAUGCCAUAAUACCACAAUGUUAUUUAUUUUUGUAAUAAAAUAGAAUUAUUUUUUUAAUAAAAUGAUAAAAUAUA